AUGCACGUAAGAAGAGAACAGACAUUAAGCCAGUGUAAGAAUGAUGUGGACAAAAUGACGGAGCAGAUCACAUAUAAUAAUCCCCUGUUCAACAUGCCGCUGAGGAGUAACGAUUACCACCUCCAGCAUGAUGAUCUGACACCAACAAAAUCCAGAAGACAGUGGCGUUUUACUCUCCUAAUAAUCUAUGUCAUCUUACAGACAGCCUUCGAUAUUUUUCUCAUUUAUAAAGUUUUAACGAUGGAUUGUACACCAGCAAGGAACUCAGCAGAAAGACAAACCUAUUACAGCAACCUCGACCUCAGCCUGGUCGUCAACAACAGCCAGGAAACCAAAAACCUUCGGAGCCAUCUAUGGGAUUUGCAAAAUCAGGUCACAAGCCUUUGUGGUGCGGAAGGUCAGUUACAAAGAUUAAGGGCUGACUUGAACCAACUCAAUGCUAGCAACCACAACCUGGAAAACAAAAUGACAACCAUUAGAGUUCAAACAGGUGACAGCGGGAUUCCUGGUGCUCCAGGUCAAAGGGGAGAAGCAGGACUCAAAGGGGGGAAGGGAGAGCCAGGGGCUCCUGGUGAAAUUGGUCCCAAAGGUCAAGUAGGAAAUGAAGGAACACCAGGCAGAAAGGGGGAUCCAGGAGAGCUUGGUCCACCAGGUCCUCGUGGAGAAAAAGGUGACCCUGGAGUUUCUGGACAGACAGGAAGUCCUGGACUGCCUGGUCUUAAAGGACAAAAAGGAGACUCUGGAAGUACUGGUCCUCAGGGACCCCCAGGUGCAAGAGGACCAGCAGGAACUAAUGGAACCCAAGGUCCACCUGGACCACAAGGAUUAAAAGGACAAAAGGGCGAGUCAAAUAUGCAGUUGAAUGUGCGUCUAGUACCUGGGAGAAACAGAGGAAGAGUGGAAGUCAUGCAUAAUAAUGAUUGGGGUACUAUCUGCGAUGACUCGUUUGACCUUCUGGAUGGAAGAGUGAUCUGUAAGAUGCUAGGGUUCCAGUCUGCUAUUAACUACUUCACUGCUGCCCCUGGUAAGCAAACAGGCAAUGUUUAAAACUAUUAUUAG